UCUGAGACAGGACUCAAACCUCCAACACUGCAAGGCUCACAAAACUCGAUGUGAUGGCGUACCUUCGAGCGCACCGCAGACCAGGAGGGUUGGCCCAAGCGGGACUGGGCCGAUGCACUAGCCCCGUUGCUCAGUGGAGAUGCCCAAUUGGCGUAUUACACUCUGGAUCCAGAAAACGCUCGAGACUAUGAAACGGUGAAAGAGGAAAUUCUCAUCCGCUGUGGUCGAUCCCAUGUCACUGCAGCUGGAGGUGGUGGUAUGAUCCAACUAGCAAUCCUCGUCCCCAGAUGGAUGAACUGCUGCGUAUCACCCGAUGCUGGUUGCAGAGUGAUCGACUCACAGCCAAAGAGGUCACAGAAAGAGUGGCCAUAGACCGGUUCCUACAGGCGCUGCCGGCCGAAGAACGGAAGGCUGUUGGGCUGAAGGGCCCGGAGGACACAAAGGACCUUCUAAACACCCUGGAACAUGCCAAGGCCACCCUAGAAAUGGGCCGGGACGCUCAAAGAGACUUCCAGGCCAGCGCCCGCCACCCCCAGCCCCGACAACAGCCAGUGUCCGAACGGAUCUGGGAGAGGAGACCUCUGGAUAGCCGCCCCACCCUGGGACCGGUUGAUGAGCCCAUGCCCACCGAACCGGACCUCAGAGCCCCAACUCAGGCCCCCAAACAAUGGCUCGCAAGCUGUGGCCUACACACCCCCCACCAUUCCAAAGGGGGCCCGACUUACUGUGGAGGUAAAUGGCCGCCCGGUGUCGGCGCUCCUGGAUUUGGGGAGUACGGUCACGCUGGCCCGCCCGGCCAUACUCCCCGCCCCCAUAAAGUCGGUGGGGACUCUCGCGGUCUCGUGUGUCCAGGGCGAUGCCCGUUCAGUCCCUACCGCACAGGUCAAGAUCCGUAGCAAAGCAGGAGAGUGGCCGCUCCUCAUCGGACUUCUCCCAGAUCUCCCGGUCUCCCUCCUACUGGGACACGACUGGCUGGGGUUUGCUGCCACCAUGAAGGCCACUGCCAAGUGUGGGCCGGAACAGAAGCAGAAGGGCCGGGACCGCCGGGCGUGCAUGGCUCGGGGGGACAGAGACGCCAGCAACUCCUCUCCAGGUGAGCCCCAGCCGCAGGUUAACCCUCUUUCUUCACUGUUUCAACAGGCCACCCAGGAGAGAGGUUUUGGAAAAGAGCAGAAGGAGGAUGACUGGCUGAAGCACUGCUGGGGCCAGGUCCUGCAGGUGGAGGGAGUAAACACCGACCCUGCCUGGCCGCUUCCCCCGUUGUACUUCCUGGUGAGGAAUGGGCUGCUUUACUUUCACACAGAUAGGAGAGGAGAACCUUGCGACCUACUGGUGGUGCCACGCCAACGUACCCCGCCUCUGCUCCACCUAGCCCACACUCACCCCUUGGGGGGCCAUCUGGGACCCAAGAACACACUAGAGAAACUGCGGGACCGAUUCACAUGGCCGGGCAUGAACACCAAGGUCCUGGGCUUUUGCAGGGCCUGCGCCACGUGCCAGCAGACCUCUCCCCUGAAACCAGCUCCGGCCCCCCUUAUUCCCCUCCCUAUCAUUGGCGUCCCCUUUGAGAGGCUUGGCAUGGACCUCAUCGGGCCGCUACCAAAGUCUGCCCGGGGCCAUGAAUACAUCCUGGUGAUGGUGGACUACGCCACCCGCUACCCCGAGGCGGUCCCACUUCGGAAGGCCACCUCACAGAGCGUGGCCAGAGAACUGCUCCUGCUCUUCAGCCGAGUCGGGAUCCCUAAAGACAUCCUCAGCGACCAAGGUACGCCCUUUAUGUCUAAAUUAAUGAUGGAUCUGUGUCGGCUCUUGCAGCUCAAGCACCUGAGGACGUCUGUCUACCACCCCCAGACAGAUAGCUUGGUGGAACGUUUUAACCAGACCCUGAAAAGUAUGCUACGGAAGGUGGUAGACCAGGAAGGAUGGAGUUGGGACCUCCUCCUUCCAUUCGUCCUCUUUGCAAUCCGGGAAACACCCCAGGCAUCCACAGGCUUCACCCCUGUUUGGGGGGCAGCCUCGUGGCAUGCUGGACGUUGCCCGCGAGGCCUGGGAGGAGCAGCCCUCCCCCUUCCGCUCCAUCAUUGAAUUCGUCCAGGACAUGCAGACCCGCAUCGAGCGUGUCGGGCCCAUCGUGAAGGAGCACGUAGAGGAGGCCCAGCGGGCACAACAGAGGAUGUACAAUCGGCCCGCCCAGGCGAGGGAACUUCGUCCUGGGGACCAAGUAA